AUGCCAGCUCUCCAAGCCCUGCUGACAUUGGUAACUCCCGUGCUGCUGUUGAAAGGCUGCUACGAAGAGCUUGUUGACAAUGUGACCGGAAGCAUUCACGGAGACUUUCUGCAUUUUCAGAAGUACAGGAUCCCGCACCAUAUUGAGCAGUUCAGCAGCACCUGGCAUAAAGGGCACCUGAUGAUUUGGACAAAGACAUGUAUCACGCCUCAAGGCCGCAUGCAUCCUCGUGUCUACCGCAAUCAUUUCUACGCAUUUGUGUGCUUCUACCUCUUGGGAGGGGGUGCAAGCAUUAUGCUCAUAGCUCCGCUUGCUGGUGGCACGAUUGUGAGAGCAGACGAGAUGAUCAUCCAGCUUUUGGAGUCUCCCGAGAACCAAAAUGCCCCAGUCACAUCUUCGCUGUACAGCAUUGUGCAUUGGGCGCUGUAUCUCCCGGCCCUAUGUCCCCUGGUGAUGGCUUUUGGGUUUCCAUACAUUUGUUGGAAGGAAUUCCGGAGAGGUGAAAUUUCAAUAACGGACAGGUUCCGGAAACGCCCCUGUUCGACCGGCGCACGGGCUUGUGCGAUUCUGUGUGUCUGCAUACUUUGGCCCGUUGUUUGGCUGUGGGUGCUUGCGAUCGUUGUGACUCCACCCCGACCCGAGACUUGGUCGCAACGACAGCUAGAGGUGCUACAAGCCGAGAGGGGAGCCAUAGGGCCGUUUACGGGGGUCGUUUUCAUGACGAUGUGGGUCUUGUCGGGUGCCAUCAAGCAGAGAGUUUUCUUGACGCUGGCUGGUUGUGGACCAGUGGAACAUCGAAGCGAUUUCCUGAAGUUUUGUGAAGAGCAUCCCGGCAUCGUGCAGGCCUUUCCGGAGCUCUCGGAGUUGAAAGAUAUUGCGCAGACGUUGCAGGGCGUGGAAGAGGAGAAACUGGAUCCGUUUGAGUGGGAGGCCAAGAAAGACGAAAAGCGGAGGGGCUCUUCUGACCCCUGCAGCUGGUGGGAAGAAGAGGAAGAGGGUGAAAGCCAAGUCACAGAGGAAUGGAAGAGGAAGGCUAGUGACUGGUGUUUGGGCUUGUCAAUGCAGCAAGUCCUGGCGGUAUGCAUUAUCACUGCGGAGCAAACAGCGAAUGUCAGGUUGGACACAGUCCUUGUCAGUGACAACCACAUCGGAGUCACCAUGCGGUUCCUCCGGCCGACUACAGACAUGGAUCACCGGGUGUAUUCUUACAACAUGACGGUCUUUGGCUCCACUGCUGCUUCCACUUGUGCAGCAUCUAUUGAUUGUCGUGCUUACGGUGAAGAAGACACAGUCGGCGAGACCUGCAACUCAGUGAUUGGCA